AUAACAUUGGUCAAUAAUUUAGAGUUAAUUAACUUAAGUUUCCAAUCAUAAUGCAACGCAUGGUUAUUACAGCAUUAAAUUGACCGGACGGGUUCAUGCGUUUGUGUGCAUGCUACCCCUUUUAGAUUUUAGAUAGCUUUCUAGGUGAAUAUCACCGUUAGCAUAAAUUGACGCGACAACGCUAAAACUCCAGUAUUAGCGAGAGGAGAGGGAUCGACUAAAAAUGGGGUAUUUAAAACUGAUUGAGAUCGAAAACUUCAAGUCUUACAAAGGAAGACAGAUCAUUGGACCUUUUCACAAGUUCACUGCAAUCAUCGGACCCAAUGGAUCCGGCAAGUCCAACCUUAUGGAUGCCAUCAGCUUUGUGCUGGCAGAGAAGACAAGCAAUCUGCGUGUAAAAACCCUGAAGGAUCUGAUCCAUGGAGCACCUGUGGGGAAGCCAGCAGCUAACAGAGCCUUUGUCAGCAUGGUGUACCAAGAGGACAAUGGAGAGGAACGCUCCUUUACCAGGGUUAUCAUUGGAUCCUCCUCUGAGUACCGCAUCAACAGUAAAGUUGUGGCCCUUGCCGAGUACAGUGAAGAAUUGGAGAAACUGGGCAUCCUCAUCAAAGCUAGGAACUUCUUGGUUUUCCAGGGGGCUGUGGAGUCUAUUGCUAUGAAGAACCCCAAGGAGCGUACAGCGCUGUUUGAAGAGAUCUCCCGCUCUGGGGAGCUCGCCCAGGAGUAUGACAGAAGAAAGAAAGAGAUGGUGAAAGCAGAGGAGGACACCCAGUUCAACUACCACCGCAAGAAGAACAUUGCAGCCGAGCGCAAAGAGGCAAAGCAAGAGAAAGAGGAGGCUGAGCGUUACCAGCGUCUGAAGGAUGAGGUGGUGAGGGCUCAUGUCCAGCUGCAGCUAUUCAAGCUGUACCACAACGAGACAGAGAUUGAGAAGCUGAACAAAGAGCUAGCCCACCGUAACAAGGAAAUUGAGAAGGACCGCAAGAAGAUGGACCACGUGGAGGAAGAGCUAAAGGAAAAGAAGAAGGAGCUGGGAAGGCUUAUGAGGGAGCAGCAGACAGUGGAGAAGGAGAUCAAAGAGAAAGAUUCCGAGCUUAACCAGAAGAGACCACAGUACAUCAAGGCCAAGGAGAACACAUCCCACAAGAUCAAGAAGCUGGAGGCAGCACGCAAGUCCCUGCAAAAUGCCCAGAAGAUGUACAAAAAACGAAAGGGGGACAUGGAUGAGCUGGAUAAGGAGAUGAGGGCAGUGGAGUUGGCCAAGCAGGAGUUUGAGGAGCGUAUGGAGGAGGAAGCUCAGAGCCAGGGCCAGGAUCUUACCCUGGAAGAAAACCAGGUGAAACAGUACCACCGUCUGAAGGAGGAGGCCAGUAAACGGGCUGCCACCCUGGCUCAGGAACUUGAAAAGUUCAACCGUGACCAGAAGGCUGACCAAGAUCGCCUGGACCUGGAGGAGCGGAAGAAAGUGGAGACCGAGGCCAAGAUCAAGCAGAAGAUCCGUGAGAUUGAGGAAAAUCAGAAACGUAUUGAGAAGCUGGAGGACUACAUCACCACAAGCAGACAGUCUCUAGAUGAGCAAAAGCGCAUGGAGGAGGAGCUGACCGAAGAGGUGGAGCUGGCCAAGAGGAGGAUUGAUGAGAUCAACAUGGAGCUCAACCAGGUUAUGGAGCAGCUGGGAGAUGCUAGGAUUGACAGGCAGGAAAACAGCCGUCAGCAACGCAAGGCAGAGAUCAUGGAGAGCAUCAAAAGGCUCUACCCAGGCUCAGUGUAUGGCCGUCUGAUUGACCUUUGCCAGCCCACUCAGAAGAAGUACCAGAUUGCUGUGACCAAGGUGUUGGGGAAGAAUAUGGAUGCUAUCAUUGUUGACUCAGAGAAAACUGGCAGAGACUGUAUUCAAUACAUCAAGGAGCAGCGAGGAGAGCCAGAGACCUUCUUGCCUCUCGACUAUCUGGAGGUGAAGCCCACAGAUGAGAAACUGAGAGAACUGCGUGGAGCCAAGUUGGUGAUUGAUGUGAUCCGCUAUGAGCCUUCUCACAUCAAAAAGGCCCUGCAGUACGCGUGUGGCAAUGCCCUGGUCUGUGAAAAUGUGGAAGAUGCCCGUAGGAUUGCCUUUGGAGGGCCCUACAGACACAAGACUGUGGCUCUGGAUGGUACACUGUUCCAGAAGUCUGGUGUGAUCUCUGGAGGAGCCAGUGACCUGAAGGCCAAGGCCAGGCGCUGGGAUGAGAAAGCUGUGGACAAGCUCAAGGAUAAGAAGGAGAAACUCACUGAGGAGCUUAAAGAGCAAAUGAAGGCUAAGAGGAAGGAGGCAGAACUGCGUCAGGUGCAGUCCCAGGCCCAUGGUCUGCAGAUGCGACUGAAAUACUCGCAGAGCGACCUGGAGCAGACAAAGACACGCCAUCUCUCCCUCAACAUGCAGGAGAAGUCCAAGCUGGAGAGUGAAUUGGCAAACUUUGGCCCCCGCAUCAAUGACAUCAAGAGGAUCAUCCAGUCCCGCGAGAGGGAGAUCACUGAUCUGAGGGACCGUAUGAACCUGGUGGAAGACGAGGUGUUUGUGGAGUUCUGUAAGGAGAUCGGCGUGAGGAACAUCAGAGAGUUCGAGGAGGAGAAGGUGAAGAGGCAGAAUGAGAUUGCCAAAAAGCGUCUGGAGUUUGAGACCCAGAAGACCCGUCUGGGUAUCCAGCUAGACUAUGAGAAGAACCAGCUAAAGGAGGACCAGGAGAAGGUCAUGAUGUGGGAGCAGACUGUCAAGAAGGACGAGGCGGAGAUAGAGAGGCUAAAGAAGGAGGAGCACAGGCACAUGAAGAUCAUUGACGAAACUAUGGCCCAGUUGCAAGACCUGAAGAACCAGCACCUUACUAAAAAAUCCGAGGUCAACGAUAAGAACCAUGAGAUGGAGGAGAUCCGCAAGAAAUUGGGUGGCGCCAACAAGGAGCUGACACAGCUCCAGAAAGAGGUGACAGCCAUUGAGACCAAACUGGAGCAGAAGCGCAGUGACCGUCACAAUCUUCUGCAGGCCUGUAAGAUGCAGGACAUUAGGCUGCCCCUUCGCUCUGGCACUAUGGAUGACAUCAGCCAGGGAGAGGGGAGUUCCCAGGCAGAGGAGUCUAGCAGCAGCCAGAGAACUUCCAGUACCGUCCUGGCAAAAGAGGCCCUCAUAGAGAUUGACUACAGCAACCUGUCUGAGGACCUCAAGGAUGCACUGUCAGAGGAGGAGAUCAAGGCAGAGAUGAACACACUGCAGCAGCGCCUGAAUGAGCAGCAGAGUAUCCUGCAGAGGAUCAGUGCACCCAACAUGAAAGCCAUGGAGAAGCUGGAGAGUGUCCGGGACAAGUUCCAAGAGACAAGCGACGAGUUCGAAGCAGCCCGUAAGCGAGCCAAGAAGGCUAAGCAGGCCUUUGAGCAGAUCAAGAAGGAGAGGUUUGACCGUUUUAAUGCCUGCUUUGAGUCUGUGGCCACAAACAUUGACGAGAUCUACAAGGCCCUCUCACGCAACAGCAGUGCUCAGGCAUUUCUAGGCCCAGAGAAUCCAGAGGAGCCUUACCUGGAUGGUAUCAACUAUAACUGUGUGGCUCCAGGGAAGCGGUUCAGACCCAUGGACAACCUUUCUGGAGGAGAGAAAACUGUGGCUGCCUUGGCACUGCUCUUUGCCAUCCACAGCUACAAACCUGCCCCAUUCUUUGUCCUUGAUGAGAUUGAUGCUGCUCUGGACAAUACCAACAUUGGCAAGGUGGCCAAUUAUAUUAAGGACCAGUCAGUGCAGAACUUUCAGGCCAUUGUUAUCUCUUUGAAGGAGGAGUUCUAUACCAAGGCAGACUCACUCAUUGGAGUCUAUCCAGAGCAAGGAGAUUGUGUCAUCAGCAAAGUUCUUACCUUUGAACUUUCUCAGUAUCCUGAUGCCAACCCACAUCCUAAUGAAUAGGAAGGAGACUUUAAACAUCAGCAUUUUGGUAAAUUGGACUGUACAUUUCCUACUGUCCCUGGAUAAUAAAUGUAUUCUGUAGUCACAGAUUUAUGUAUCAAUUAGGUCCUAGUUGUUUUUACUAUCAUGUCUUUGUUUUUUAGUGUGUAAUAUCUUUUUUUGAUAAAGAAUAGGCGAGGGUUUUUUCAGGGAAGGGGAGGGAAUGACAUACUUAUGCAUUUAUACAAGUCGGAUCUUUAACUUUGCCUGUGAACUGAACAUCCCCAGGCGCUGCACGGCAGCUGCCCACUGCUCCUAGCUACACAGCUAGGAUGGGUUAAAUGCUUAGAAAAUUUUUCCCUACAGGGAUUAAUAAUAAAGUAUAUCAAAAUUAAAAAAAAAACCCACAAAGAAGAUGUUGUAUUACAUGGAUCCCUUUUUUUCAUCUUCAGAUCUUUUGUACUAAUGCUGUUCAUCUCCUGGUCUUGCGUAUGCUCUGCAAUGUGUACUUCAGGAUGUCACUUGUGCUUUUUUUUAAUUUUAAGAGCUUUAUCAGGAAAAAUUUACCAGCAAGGAAGAUAGGUUCCUGUUUUUCUUUUUAGUUAGUUUUUUUUUUUUAAUUUUUUUAAUCAUUUUUAUUUCAAGUCAACUGCUGCUGACCAUACUGUGAAAUCACAGAAAAUUGUCUUAGCUGCCAGUAGAAAAUGACUUGAAAUAUAUUGAGGUAAUGACGAAGCACCCAUUAUGUCCAUAACUUGCUAUUGUGACAUUGGACUAUACAAAUAAAAUGGACUUGACUUUUGGCUUUUCUCAGUGUAUAGGACGGAAUAUUUUGUCACCUAACUGAAAUUGUAAGAUUUCUACUUUUAUUUACCAUUUCCUUUGCCUUGAUCAAUAAAUGUUAACU